AUGAUUGGUUCUUCUUCACCAAGUUGGUGGGUAGUUGCACUACUUCUUACUACAUCAGCAGCAGCCUCUUCGAACAUCAAUUCGAGCAACGAGACGGAUCGAAUGGCGUUGCUGCAGUUCAAGUCCAUGAUCACCGGUGACCCUUUCGGGGUUCUGAGCUCGUGGAACGAUUCCACUCACUUCUGUCAGUGGUACGGCGUGUCUUGCUCCCAGAAACACAUCGGCAGAGUCACUGUUUUGGAACUGCCUUCUAAGAAGCUCUCUGGCUCCAUUUCGCCACACGUUGGCAACCUCAGUUUCCUGCAAAGGUUGCUACUUUCCAACAACAGCUUGAUCGAGGGAAUCCCACCCGAAAUCGGCAGGCUCAACAGACUGCAGCACCUGAUUCUCCAGGACAAUUUGCUCGGUGGCGAGAUCCCAUCGAACAUCUCAGGAUGCUCUGCUCUUACCUUGUUCUACGUAGGAAACAACAAAUUGGUGGGACAGGUACCAUGGCAGCUUGGAUCCUUGCAGAAGCUACAGGAGCUUUGGAUCAAUUCAAACAAUCUGACAGAAACCAUCAUUCCUCACUCUCUUGGAAACUUGUCGUCGUCUCUACGCGUGUUCUACGCAGCAGAGAACAGGUUCAGUGGUGGAAUUCGUGAUGUUUUCGGGCAAAUGACGAGUUUGGAGGAGCUCAUUGUGGCGUCGAACUACUUAUCAGGUGAAAUCCCGGAUUCGGUAUUCAAUCUUUCUUCCCUCACGAUUUUGUCAUUUGGAGUGAACAAACUCCACGGCAAUCUACCUAGAGAAAUGGGAUUGUCACUUCCCAAUCUUGUGCAUUUGGAUAUGGCUGAAAACCAGUUUAGUGGUAGCAUCCCAGCUUCUCUAUCCAAUGCCUCGAACUUGGUUAUACUUCAACUGCAGUUCAACAAUUUUACCGGGAGGAUGCCCGGUAUGGAAAGCUCUCGCAAGGUUUCCCGCAUUUACAUCUACCAAAACUCUCUUGGUGGUGGGAAGGCUGAUGAUUUGAGCUUCUUCUCUUCUCUGCCCAAUGCAACCAGCUUGGUGCAGUUGUUUGUUCAUGUGAAUCACUUUGAAGGCAACUUAUCAGAGGUGAUUGGCAGCUUACCAACCAGCCUGGAGAUGCUUAGUCUGUACAGGAACAGAUUCUCCGGGAGUAUACCAAGCGCGAUACAGAACCUCGUCAACUUGCAGGUCUUGGAUGCACAUAAGAACGAUCUCUCGGGUGAAAUCCCGUCGAUCAUUGGAAACAUGGGAAAUUUGCAGUAUAUAGAUUUGAGUAGCAACAAUAUUGCAGGUUGCAUUCCAUCUGCCAUUGGGAAGUUGACUAGAUUGUAUAGGUUGGAUCUUGGGGACAACAAGUUACAAGGAGAAAUUCCUGCUGCAAUUGGGAACUGCACAAGUUUGAUAGGUUUGAGCUUUUCUCAAAACAAUCUUAGUGGCACCAUUCCCUCACAACUCAUGGGUCUUUCUUCCUUGUCACUUCAUAUGCUCUUGUCUCAUAAUCGUUUAUCUGGCACCAUUCCAAUAAGCAUAGGAAGUCUGACAAAUUUAGGGGAGUUGGAUCUGUCACAUAACAUGUUAUCAGGUGAAAUACCAGCUUCUCUUGGUAGUUGUGCAAAAUUAGAGAUGCUGAGCUUGCAAAGCAAUCUGUUACAAGGAACCAUUCCUUCUUCUCUAAGUUCAUUAAGAAGUAUCAAACUGUUGGACGUCUCUAGCAAUAACUUAUCAGGUCAAUUUCCAAAAUCGUUCGAAGGCAUGAAGCUAUUGCAGCUUUUGAAUCUGUCUUAUAACAAUAUUGAGGGGGAAGUGCCAUCAAAUGGAGUCUUCAGGAAUGGCAGCAUGAUUUCAAUCGUUGGAAAUGGCAAACUCUGUGGUGGUGUGAUUGAACUCAAUCUUCCACCUUGUAACUUCAAGCAGAAAAAGAAUGCAUUCAGCCAUAAGUUGAUCAUCAAGAUUGUCAUAUCGACAGUCUCCAGUGUAUUAUUGCUGGCAUUCGUGGGUUCUUGGUUGCUUAUCUUUUGGAACAAAAAGAGAGGAAAGCACGAGACAGUUUCUGCUGAUGAUUCACAGCUCCCAUUGUCUUACCGUGACCUAUAUAAAGCUACAAAUGGUUUUUCUAGAGAAAAUUUGGUUGGUGUGGGCAGCUUUGGUUCUGUGUAUAAGGGGCUCCUGGACAAGAAUGGGAUUGCAACCACCAUUGCAGUGAAGGUGUUCAACCUACAACGUCGUGGAGGUUCCAAGAGUUUCAUGGCAGAAUGUGCAGCAUUGAAGAACAUCAGGCACAAAAAUCUUGUGAGAAUACUAACAGUGUGUUCAGGUAUCGAUGAUCAAAUGAAUGACUUCAAGGCUCUCGUAUAUGAGUACUUGGCCAAUGGUAGCCUCGAAGAUUGGUUGCAUCCAGUUGCAGAUGGAAACGAGCCUCUAAGGAGCUUGAAUUUCCUCCAAAGGCUGAAUGUUGUCAUUGAUGUAGCUACUGCAGUAGAUUAUAUUCACCACCAAUGCGGAACACCUAUAGUUCAUUGCGAUCUCAAACCGAGCAAUGUGCUUCUCAAUGAAGACAUGACUGGUCAUGUUAACGAUUUUGGGUUGGCAAGAUUCCUACAACCCACUGGAGAUCCCUCUUCGAUCGGCCAGAUGUCAAGCACCAUCGGCAUAAAAGGAACAAUUGGCUAUGCUCCUCCUGAAUACGGUAUGGGAAAUGAAGUCUCAAAACAAGGUGAUGUCUACAGCUAUGGAGUACUCUUAUGUGAGGUUUUCACUGGAAAGAGACCAACCGAUGAGAUUUUCAAAGAAGGUCUGAACAUUCAUACAUAUGUUAGAACUGCUCUAUCAGAAAAGCUAAUGACACGAGUUCUGGAUCCUGUUCUAACCAAUGAGCUUCCUCUUGGUCAAGCAAUCCCUUUUGAUGCCAUUAGCAGCAGCAACACACAGGAAACUAAGAAGAAGAAGGGCCAAAUACUAGAGGAGGUUCUGAUCUCCAUUCUCGAAAUAGGUGUCGUUUGUUCUUCAGACUCCCCAAAUGAGAGAAUCAGUAUCGGUGAAGUUGUCACCAGGCUUGUCUCAUUGAAAAAUUUACUUCAUGACAAAUUUGCACAGAGACAGAUUGGUGGGAUGUAAUUGUAUAGAGUUGGCUGUUGCUGCACGGGGAUGAAAAGUAAGUUCGAGUUGAGAAGGCGUCUGCCGGGGAGAAUGGUGGGAAUCAAGGAGACGAGUGACAUGCAGGAUGGAGGUAGAGUCGAUGAAGAGAACGGAUGGAAGAGGCUUUUUCUGGCUGAAGUGAACAUUUUUCAGGAAAGCUUACGUGGAGGGGGAGCUAACUUCUACAAUAAGUCAAUUUGAACUCGAAGAUUCCAAAUCAUUUUAACUUUAUAAGCCAAUAAACUGAAAUGAAAUCUGUAGAAUGAACCAUAUGGUAAGGAAGAAUCCCUCUCUUUAUCUGACUUCUGAC